AUGGAAGAGACCGCAAAAAAGACGAUAUUUUAUGGUGUGAAUACGAGCGUUGGUCGAUUCUAUGAAAAAAGACAGUAUUUAACUGGCGCUUUGGAAGGAUAUAGUAAAGCAUUGCAAGAUGAUCCAGAUAAUACAAGGACGUAUAUUGAUCGAUCACGUGUUCACCUCAAAAUGGGCAAUAUCACACAGGCACAAGAAGAUACAAAUAUUGCACUUUCACUUAUAGAAGAUAACGUUAAACCAAAAUCACCUAUUGUAUCGUAUCGUUCUCCAGAACUUUUGUCAUAUUAUGCGUGUAUACAAAAGGCUGAAGUUCUCUAUGCAAAUGGUGAGUUUGAGCUAGCGCUUAUGUAUUUUCAUCGAGCUAAUAAAAUAAAACCUCAACAACCAAAUUGUGUAGAAGGAAUUCGAAAGGCCACAGAGAUUUUAGAAUGUACCAUCUGUAGUCCACACGCAAAAUUAACAAUUAGUGGCGAUUUAAAUUUUUUUAAAAAUGAAGAAAAAUCUGUUCCUAAUAUUCGUUCUCGGCCACCCAUUCGUCGACAAUCAUCAACACCACCUGUCGUACUCACAGAAUAUUCAAAAAAAGAAGCAAAUCGUUUACUCAUAGAAAUUGCCAAAGAUCGAAAAUUAUUGUUGAAUUUAUGUACAGAUUUACAACCAAUCGCAGGGUUCACAGGACUGCAGAAAGCGAAAGAAGAAGCAAGACAAGCAAUAUUUAUUACCGAAGCUCAAUUGAAAUUUUUAGAUAAAGCCGAAUGUUUACAUGUUGAUGAACAAAAGGUUCGUUCAUAUCUUAAUUGUCUACCGGGCAUGGAUCGAUUAACAUUAAUUCGAUUUGCUGAAGAAGAGCUCAUGCAUCUUCAAAAGCUAUCAUCAAAAGAAAAAAGCAUGGAGAUUUUAUAUCGCGCUAUGAAAGUGAUCAAUUGUCUCAAAUCCGAUGAUAGUCUGUUGGAUAUGAGAAGUCGUUUAAUGCUGGCAGAAGCCUAUCGAUUAGCCGGUCGAUCUUAUACAGAAAUUAAAAUAUUUGAUCAAGGACUGGAAAAUUAUACAGAGGCUCAUCGAAUAUUAUUCCCGUUGAAAGAUCAAGGAUGUUUAUAUCGUGCGACAUUUGAUAUCGCUCGGUGUUACAUAUCAGCGAAUAAAUAUGAAGAAGCAAUCCUAUCUCUUCAAGAAAUGAUGAAUGAAGCAAUCAGUGAUAAUGAACGUUCGUUUGUCUGUCAACAAUUAGGAUUUUGCUAUUUAGGAUUAGAAGAUAUACAGAAAGCUAAAAAACAUGCUGUCGAAGCUUUGGAUUAUGCUAGCUCAGCCAACGAAGAGUUAAUGGUAAUCGAAGCAAAUAUUCUAUUAGGUAAAAUUUAUUUAAAAUCAUCCGAUUUUCAACGAGCAGAAGAAUACAUUAUUUAUGCGCUAAGUCUCAAGGACCAACUUGGAGAUCUAGAAAAUAUGGAACAUUUAGAUGAAUUGUUAUUAGAAAUAAAAAAAUUAAAAAAAGAUAUAUUUCAACAGAAGUAUAAUCAAUUUAUACCAGAAAAUAUCAUUCAAGUUGAUGAACCUCGUUGGCUAUCAUCUAUCAUGCAAAAUGAAAAUAACAAACUACAAUCAGAUACAAUUGAUAAAAUUACAAUUGACUCUCAAUAUGAUAAACAAGAAUGGAGAAUGUUAACACCUUAUUAUCGUCUAUUUGAUUUAAGUUUAGAGCGAAUGAAAAAUAGAAAAACAGGAAGAAGAAUAGACACAAUCCAAGUAUCUAUUAAUGAUACAACAUCCGAACAUAGCAAACAAACAAUUUAA